GGGGCUGAGCGGAACCAAGGGCGCGCGGCGCGGGGAGCCGGCCGGGCGGCGGCGCCGGCGGGGCGGGGGCGAAGAUGAGCACGAAGGAGGUGACCUGCAGGUAUUACAUGCAAGGAGUGUGUCGGGAGGGAAGCAAGUGCCUGUUCUCCCAUGACUUAUCUACAAGCAAGCCGUCUACUGUCUGCAAGUACUACCAGAAGGGACAGUGCGCCUAUGGAACUCGGUGCAGAUAUGAUCACACCAGACUUCCUGCAUCGGGGGGUGCAGCAGCAGCUGGUCCUGUGCCGCCUCCCCUUUCAUCAACAGCACUGCACAAUCCUCGCCCAGCGCACAGCGCACCAGUAAUCAAGAGCAAACUGCACGAGACUGGCAAACGGGAAAAGAAGACAUUAGUGCUCAGGGACAGAAAUCUGUGUGGCUUGAAUGAAGAAAAGCAGAAACCCAGUGCCACAAGUGAUUUGGUAUGUUGCAGUGACAAAAAUGAUAAUCUGGAAAUGAAGCCCCAUUCAUAUUUGGAAGCUAUCUGCAGCGGACUGGAAGAUCCAGUAGCCGGAAGUUCCUAUGUUGAUGGAGAGCAGUUAUGCCCUUAUGCUGCAGCAGGAGCAUGCCACUUCGGGGAUCGCUGCCUUUACCUCCAUGGAAGCGUGUGUGAAAUAUGUAACUUGCAAGUACUUCACCCUUUUGAUCAAGAACAGAGGAAGGCUCAUGAGAUGAUGUGUAUGGCAGCAUUUGAGCAUGAGAUGGAGAAGGCCUUUGCCUUUCAGGCAAGUCAGGACAAAGUGUGCAGCAUCUGCAUGGAAGUGGUGUAUGAAAAGCCAUCGGCCUCUGAGAGGAGGUUUGGGAUUCUGUCCAACUGUAAUCACACCUACUGUUUGUCCUGCAUCCGGCAGUGGAGAUGUGCCAAGCAGUUCGAGAAUCCCAUCAUAAAGUCUUGUCCAGAGUGCCGUGUGAUAUCAGAGUUUGUCAUUCCUAGUGCACAUUGGGUGGAAGACCAGGAGCAGAAAAAUAAGCUGAUUGAGGCAUUUAAGCAGGGAAUGGGGAAAAAAGCUUGCAAGUACUUUGAACAGGGAAAGGGAACUUGCCCCUUUGGAGGAAAAUGUCUUUACCUUCAUGCAUAUCCAGAUGGGAGGAGAGCUGAACCUGAAAAACCAAGGAAACAGCUCAGCUCUGAGGGGACUGUGCGGUUCUUCAAUUCUGUUCGCCUCUGGGACUUUAUUGAAGACAGAGAAAGUAGGACUGUGUCCAGCACAGAUGAUGAAGUAACAGAACUUGGAGAACUUUUCAUGCAUCUUUCUGGGGCUGAUGAAGAGUCUGCUACUUCUCAAUAAAAAGAACUAAAAGUGCUUUCUUGUAUAGCAA